AUGAACGCACUCAACUCGCCCCUCCUUCGUCUUCCGGCUGAACUGAGGAAUGCUAUCUUCGCCUAUGUCUUCAGCAGCAACGUCUACGUGUUCGAUGGCGCCAGUGUGUAUCGCGACAAGACCACUUCUUUGACUUCAUUCAACGAGAACAACCUAGGCGUGCUGGUUACGUCGCGCCAGCUGCAUGCCGAGACAGCUCUGCUCCCAUACCAACUCGCGCUCUUCCGUUUCGAGUUCGGGGGGAUCAGGGUUACCAAAGGCGAAUGGUCACACUGUGUCGAGAGGUUCGUCAAGAGCAGAACGAAGGUACAAGAGCUAGUCGCAAUCAAAAACAUGACGGUCACCCAUGUCAAGAUGUACGUCGUGCUAUCAUGGUACAUCAGCUUGGAAUCAUUCGAAUCCUAUCAAAAGAGGACGAAUGGAUGUUGGGACGGCGCUUUUGAUUGGCAGAUAGCUUACUGGAGAUUGAGGCAGUCAGAGGCCAAAUCCGAGUAG